CCUCACGUCCAUCACACGCGUUCUUCCAAGCAAACACCACCAGCACCAUCCCGUUCCGCCCCCGCCCAACCGCUCUCGGCGCCCCACCUAUAUAACGCCGCCCGCCCGCCGGCACUCGCAUCCGCAGCCCACCGGAACACGAGCAGACGCACGCGAUCCCGCAGCGAGACCUCCGGGUCCCCCCGCGCGUGCCCGCCCGCCCGCAGGCUCCUCAUCCGCGCGCGGGGGCGGGAGGGUGGGAGGGAGAUCAGCGAGCUAGGCCGGGUCUCCAUGGGCAACCUCGCGUCGUGCACGAUGGCGUCGCCAGCCGGGAGCGGGCGGGGCGCCCGGGUCGUGCUCCCGGACGGGCGGGUGCGGCAGGUGCCGCUCCCGGCGACGGCGGCCGAGCUCAUGCUCGAGGCGCCGGGCCACUUCCUGGCGGACGCGCGCGCGCUGCGGCCCGGGCGGCGGAUCGAGGCGCUCCCGGCGGACGAGGCCCUCGCGCGCGGGGCGCUGUACGCCGCGCUCCCCAUGAAGCGCCUCGGCGCGCCCGUGGCGCCCGCCGACGUCGCGCGCCUGGCGGCCGCGGUGGUCGCCAGCGGGGACAAGGCGCGGGCGGCGAGGAGGAGGAUGAGGCCGGGGUCGUCUCCCGCCGCCACGGCCAAGGUGGCCGCCGUCGUCGCGCCGCCCGAUGUGCUGGAGGCCGCCGCCGAAGCGUCGCUUCUGGAGACGGACGCGCCCAAGCCGAGGGCCCCGAGGCUGGAGGAGAUGGCCGUCGACGACGCGGCGGCCGCGGCGGAGAUCGAGGAGCUCAAGCAGCGGCUCAGCGGCGGCGGCCGCCGGUCGAGGCGGCCGACGCUUGAGACAAUUCAGGAGGAGAGCUACGUGGCAGCGAGAUGCUGAUACAGGUCAAUAAUGGUCAAGACCAACCAGACAAGGAGAUGGCAAAGGCUGUCUCUCGUAGGCUCAUAGUUUUUUUUUCCUUUUGACUCUUCCUUUUCACCUUGUGUAAAAUACCAGUACUUUUUUUUUGGGUGCUGCCUCUUUUCCAUUUAUUUUGGAGAGAGGAAAGAGGAACAUGAGUUGGAUCCAAAUGGUUUUCAAAACUAAUUAAUAGAAAUGAAGACAAUUUUAGCAAAUCA